UCUGCAGUCUGGUUCUAAAUAGGGCACAGCCCAGAACAUCUGAAGGUCUCUGUGGCUCAUGGGUGGGAAUCUCCUAAUGAUCUUAGUUAUUUUUAUACGUGUCUGCUGCCACAUGCUGCUCUGCCCCAGUGCAGAGAACAGCUCUGUGAGCACCCAGUGAGCGCACGGGGAGCUGGGCACAGCCUGGGGAAGGAGAAAUUAAAAGACAGCAGCAACACAAAGUCACAAUAUUCACAUCAAAUUGAGGCACAGAACAGCCAGGAAAAGAAAAAGCAACUGAAGGCGUUAUAAAGGAGCGUACAAGCAAAGGAAUUUGGAUUUUCUCUUCUCAUACGGAACAAAAUGGGACAGCAGUUUACCAACGCUGAAGGGGAACAGACAGAGAUUGAUGUUGCUGAACUGCAGGAAUGGUACAAGAAAUUUGUGGUUGAAUGUCCCAGCGGAACCCUCUUCAUGCAUGAAUUCAAGAGGUUCUUCGGCGUCCAGGAUAACCACGAAGCAGCAGAGUACAUCGAAAACAUGUUCAGAGCUUUUGAUAAGAAUGGGGAUAACACCAUUGAUUUUCUGGAAUAUGUGGCUGCCUUGAAUCUUGUUUUACGGGGAAAACUGGAGCACAAGCUGAGGUGGACGUUCAAAGUGUAUGACAAGGAUGGGAAUGGCUGCAUAGACAAACCUGAGCUGCUAGAAAUUGUUGAGUCCAUCUACAAGCUGAAGAAAGUGUGUCGGUCAGAGGUGGAGGAGAGGACCCCACUGCUCACACCAGAGGAGGUUGUGGACAGGAUAUUUCAGCUGGUGGAUGAGAAUGGGGAUGGGCAGCUGUCCCUGGAUGAGUUCAUCGAUGGGGCCAGGAAGGACAAGUGGGUGAUGAAGAUGUUGCAAAUGGAUGUAAACCCCGGGGGAUGGAUCUCAGAGCAGAGGCGGAAAAGUGCUUUGUUUUGAGGGAGCCCAGUUUUGAUAUGGCUGAAGAUGUGAUGCAGACUGUGGCUGUGGCUCUCUUACUCCAGGAUGUAGUGGCUUUCCUUGUCAAUACAAUCUCAGCAUCCAGAUGAAAACUGCAGUGGCUGAAGAAGCUGUAUCUCACUCUAAACCCAUGUGCUGCGAGGACUCCUGGGACCCAGAGACUAUUUUUGGCCAGUGAAUAAGUCUCUGUGUGUACACAAUGCCACUCUGGGUUUUGGUUACACCCCGAGGAACAAACUUUCCAUGGUGAAGUGGAGCAGGAUCUGGGCAGCAUCUGGUCCAGGUAACAGAGCAGGAAAGUGAGAAGUCCUGGUGUGGCGGUGCCAUCUCUGUUUGCAUCGUUGAUGUCUGCAGAUAGCAGAUGCUAACCCAAAAGCAGUAGGGGUGCUCUGAUGACAGUCUGCACCAUCUGCAAUACUGUUAUGGUUCAUAAAGUGUUUGCAUGUUUAGUGGAUUAUGCUACCAAUAAUGUAAAGUGAUUGAACACCACUGUAUUGUAGAUUAUAAGGUUUAUAUUCAGUGUAAGCCAAAGCUGCACACAGCCGAGGAAAAGGCAGGGGGAGCAGUCACUGCGAGUGCCUCCCUCUGCAGAGCAGAUUCUGCUCUUUGCACAUGGGACAAGGGCUGCAGGAAGAGCAGGGUGAGCUCAGAGUGUCACUGCCAUGAGGAGGUGAGACUGCUUGGCUGGCAGGGUUGGAGAACAGGAGGGGACAGACAAA